AUGGGGUAUAUUGAUGAUUUGCAAUUGCAAUUGACGACGACUUUCUACGACGGCAAGAAACAGGUUGAGUGCUACGUCCUUGCACACGCUAAGAAUAAUACCGAAGCUCAAUUAAUGCCCCAGGUACCUAACUAUAGGGCCAGCCUUGACAUCAAACUUGGCAGCUAACCUUAUAGGAGGUUUUUGUCAAUAGAUUUGCCAUGGUGCAUUUCUAGCGUUUGCAGGGGCUCACAUACAGUGCAUACUCUCCUCCUCUACAGGGUCUCAAACGGAAAACUUUUCCACCAGGGUAACAAGAAACAGUUCCUCCUACAGUUCGGAUAGCACGGGCAGGAUCAGUUUGGUUUCAAGCUGGUAUAUAACAAUGCGUAUGCUCUGUGCAACGUAGUGCGACCCGAUCCAUGUGGCACAAGUCCGCUAAACAAAUGAGAUUAAAUAGUAGCAAACUUG